AUGGCCUGGCGCAGUUCCGCCGCCUCCAACCGGGGCCUAAUCGAGAACCUUGCCAAGAACGGCCUCAUCAAAGGACAGCCCGAGUCCGCGAAGCCUUUCUCCAAGGUCGACCGCGCGCACUACGCGCCCUCGACCCCCUACGACGACUCGCCGCAACCCAUCGGCCACCACGCGACCAUCUCGGCCCCGCACAUGCACGCCAAUGCCGUGGAAGCCCUGCUGCCCUUCAUCCUGCCGUCCGACGCGCGGCCCGCCCCGCGCGUCCUCGACGUCGGCUCCGGCUCCGGCUACCUCACCCACGUCAUGGCCGAGCUGGUGGGGGACCAGGGCGGGGUGGUGGUCGGUGUGGAGCACAUCGCGGCGCUGAAGGAGCUGGGGGAGGGGAAUGUGCGGAGGUCGGAGGAGGGGAGACGGUUUUUGGAGGCUGGCAGGGUCAGGUUUAGGGUGGGGGAUGGCAGGAAGGGCUGGGUGGAGCCCGGGGAGGAGGCGAUGAAGUGGGAUGCGAUUCAUGUGGGGGCCGCGGCGGUCGAGGUGCAUGCGGAGAUGUUGGAGCAGCUGAAUGCGCCGGGGAGGAUGUUUAUUCCGGUGGAUGAUGAUACGAGUCAGUUGGGGCAGCAUAUCUUUUGGGUGGAUAAGGAUAAGGAUGGGAAGGUUACGAGGACCAAGCAGUAUGGGGUGAGGUAUGUGCCGUUGACGGACGCGCCGAAGGGGAAGUAG